AUGCCCGUCCCCGUCGCCGAGACCGGGUACGCCCGCUCGACGACCGAACACGCGCGCGUGGACGCGAACACCGACGCCGGCGCCUCCGUGGACUGGUGGGCGCGCAUGGCGAGCGCCAAGGCGGCGUCGGACGCCGACCCGAACGCCCCGAAACCGUGGUUGCGACGACCCGGUAGAGAUGCGGUGGAGAACGCGUCGCGCGCGCCGACGCGACGAGACAUCGCGGUCCCGGCCGGGGUCCUGGGCAUCGAAGUGCGCGGGCUGACGUUUUCGUACCCCGGAAUCGAUGGGACGCCGAUGGAGGGGACGACGCCGAUGAUUCGGAACUUGAAGAUGGCGCUCGAGCCGGGGACGUGCACGCUGUUGUUGGGAGCGAACGGCGCUGGGAAGACGACGUUAUUGAAGAUUUUGGCGGGUAAACACUUGGUGGAGCGGGAAAAGGUGCUGGUUCUCGGACGGGAGGCGUUUUACGAUACCGGAUUGACGUCGAGCGGGGAUUUGAGUUUCAUCGGCGGCAACUGGCAGAGAGACGUGGCCUUCGCGGGGUAUAACAUUCCGUUGGCGGGUGAUUUUCCGGCGAGUCGUAUGUUGGAUUCGAUCCCCGGGGUUGAUCCUGAGCGUAAGAAGCGCAUCAUCGAGGUCCUGGACGUGAAUGUGAACUGGAGGAUGCAUCAGGUGAGCGACGGGCAGCGACGCCGCGUGCAGCUCGCGUGGGGUCUGAUGUUGCCGUACAAGGUGCUCUUGCUCGACGAAAUCACCGUGGAUCUCGACGUUCUCGGUCGCGCCGAGCUCAUGGGGUUUUUGCGCGAAGAGUGCCUCUCGAGACAGGUGACCAUCGUGUACGCAACGCACAUCUUCGACGGACUCGAGUCUUUCAUGACGCACGUGGCGUUCGUCGCAAACGGCGAGUUGAAGUUUUGCAAAAAGUUUGAAGACAUCGAGGGCUUGAAGGAACGCGAGCCCGGUUCUUUGCUCCUUACUGUCGAGGGUUGGCUCCGCGAGGAGUACGUGCUCCAGCGCGAACGCAAGUUGUUGGAGAAGGCUGAGAAGAAGGAAUUCCAAUUCAGCCGCAACAACGGAUACGCGUCGGGAAGAACCACCACGACGGUGACAUACGGUGAAAGACUUGGUGAGAAAGGGUGGCUAGACCAGUCGAGAGAUCGCGAAUCGGCGUUCCAGAACUCAAGUAACGCAGUGAUGCGCUAA